AUGUGCAGCUUUUUUCAGGGCAAUCAAAUCGUGCUCGUUCAUCAUGUCCGCAAUCAGGAACAGCUUUUACAAUCAGACAGACCUGCUACCAUAACUGUGGAGACUUAUGAGACGAACUACGUUCAAAUGAAUGGAGCUCCAGCCACCCGUGAAGAUUUGAUGAUGGUUUUGGCUGAUUUGGAUGCUUUCCUUAUUCGAGCAUCCCAUGUUGAUCAACAACAGUCUAGCAGGUAAAU